AUGUCUGCAUCUAUCUAUCUGUUUAUUAUUCUUUUUUCUUCAUCUUUGGGCAUCUAUCUAUCUAUCUAUCUAAUCUCAGUCUGUUCAAUAUCUAUCUAUCUAUCUAUCUAUCUAUCUAUCUAUCUAAUUCUUAAUAUGCAUAUAAAAUCUAUCUAUCUAUCUAUCUAUCUAUCUAUCUAUCUAUCUAUCUAUCUAUCUAUCUAUCUAUCUUGUUUAUUGCGUCCAUUACCGACGAUCAGUCUUCGGAAUUUUUCCGCCAAGAAUACAAUCUCACCCCCCCAUCACCCUUCUCAACAAAUGGCAGAAUAUUUUUUUCUUUCUUUUUUCUUUUUGCUUAUUCAUGAGUCGUUUUUCCUUAGUCUUUCUUUCUUUCUUUCUUUCUUCUUUCUUUCUUUCUUUCUUUCGUCCGUUCGUUUACACUAUUAUUUCCUUUAUUUUAAACGGAUUUUCUUUUUUACUCGUGUUUUCUUUUAUUUUUUUGACAUUUCUAUUUUCUUUCUCUUUAUUUAUUUCUAUCCAUCUUUCUUUCUUUUUUCCAACAUGGUUAUCGUUCCUUCUUUCUUUCUUUCUUUCUUUCUUUCUUUCUUUCUUUCUUUCUUUCUUUCCACCAUGGUUAUCGUCCUUUCUUUCUUUCUUUCUUUCUUUCUUUCUUUCUUUCUUUCCACCAGUGUUGUCUUUCUUUUUUUUUUUCUUUCUUUCUUUCUUUCUUUCUUUCUUUCUUUCUUUCUUUCUUUCUUUCUUUUCUUUUCUUUCUUUCUUUUACGAAUAUAUAGGGCUUGA